UAGAUGCUGCAAGACCCGCUAAGAAUGACAUAUGAUUGUUCGGCCGAGAAUCAAACAUAUAAUGAGCUAUCAUUAUCACGAAUUGAUAACGUCAGUCGAUUGUUAUUCUCAACUAAGGAGCUCCUUACUCUAAAUAAGAUUAUACACAAAUAGUUUACCCACGCGCUUCGUAUGAAGCACGUCGGAUCUGUGGCUCAUUAUAUUACCAAUUUAGUAUAAUUAUUAAUUAUAAUAGGAAAAUGUUACAUAAAACGGCCGCGUUGCGCUCGAAGCGCAUACAUCAGAUGGCAUACUAUUCGACAGCAAAAUCACGGAAAGUGAUAGCCAUCCGUCGCGAAGACCAAUCAGUAUGGGAACGGCGGGCGCCAUUCGCUCCAUUAAACGUGAAUCGCUUCGUGCGGAACGGAAUCAAGGUCAUCGUGCAGCCCUCCAACAGGCGCGCUUACCCCAUGCAGUCCUACAUAAGCGCUGGCGCAGUGAUCCAGGAAGACAUCAGCGAAGCCAACGUGAUCUUUGGCGUGAAGCAGACCCCCAUAGACCUCCUCAUCCCAAACAAGACUUACUGCUUCUUUUCGCACACCAUCAAGGCACAGGAGGCCAAUAUGCCCAUGCUGGAUGCCAUUUUGGCUAAGAACAUCAGACUGAUAGACUACGAAAAGUUGAUGGACGAUGCAGGCAACCGAGUGGUAGCGUUCGGGAAGUACGCGGGCGUCGCGGGCAUGAUCAACAUACUACAUGGACUCGGGCUGCGACUCCUGGCGCUGGGGCACCACACGCCCUUCAUGCACAUUGGACCAGCUCACAACUACCGCAACUCCAGCAUGGCGCGGCAAGCCAUCAGAGACGCCGGGUACGAGGUGGCGCUCGGCAUGAUGCCUAAAUCACUGGGACCGCUGACCUUCGUGUUUACCGGCUCAGGAAACGUUUCCCAGGGAAGUCAAGAAAUAUUCUCCGAGUUACCUCACGAAUACGUUCCACCGGAAAUGCUCAGAAAAGUAGCGGAACACGGAAGUCCAAACAAGAUCUAUGGUUGCGAAGUGCGCCGGCGGCACCAUUUGGAGAGGAAAAAUGGCGGCGGCUACGAUGCGCAGGAGUACGAAGAACACCCUGAGCGAUACAUCUCUACCUUCGCGCAAAAGAUAGCGCCAUACACGUCGGUGCUGGUGAACUGCAUCUACUGGGCGGUGGACAGCCCCAAGCUGCUGACCAUCCCCGACGCCAAGCACCUCCUCAUCCCCUCCAACACGCCCUGGCUGCCCAAGAGCAUCGGCGCGCCCGCGCUGCCGCACCGAAUGCUGGCUAUUUGCGACAUCUCAGCGGAUCCAGGCGGCUCCAUCGAGUUCAUGAACGAAUGCACCACCAUCGACACGCCCUUCUGCCUCUACGACGCGGAUCGGAAUAAGGACACUAAGAGUUUCAAGGGCCCAGGCGUGCUGGUGUGCUCUAUCGACAACAUGCCAACGCAGCUGCCGCGCGAGUCUACGGACUUCUUCGGAGACUUGCUCUUCCCGUACGCUGAGGACAUCAUGAAGUCUGAUGCUUCGCGGCCGUUGGAGGAACACAACUUCUCUCCCGUCGUUCAAGGAGCCAUAAUCACGAGCAACGGCAAACUGACACCACCUUUCGAAUACAUCAACGAAUUGCGAUCAUCAAACAAUCGAUCUCGCCACAAGGUGGAAGGCGACGACCGGCAGAACUCGGUGGUCAUCCUGGGCAGUGGGCUGGUGGCAGCUCCCGUGGUCGAGUACCUCGCUAAGGAGAAGAAUAUCUCUGUUACUAUCGCGUCCCAAGUAAAGGAGGAGGCGGACGCCCUAGCGGAGCGGUACGGCGUGCGCUCCGCGUACCUACAAGCGGACGACGAUGCCGCGUUACGCGCUAUGGUGUCGCGCGCGCGUCUCGUGGUGUCUUUGUUGCCUUAUGAGCUGCACGGUGCCGCUGCGAGAGCCGCUAUUGAAGCUGGAGCUCAUAUGGUCACGGCUUCUUAUGUGAGGCCUGAGGUUCAGGAGUUACAUAGCCGUGCCAAGGAGGCCGGAGUGACGAUCCUCAACGAAGUUGGCCUGGACCCCGGCAUCGACCAUCUUCUGGCUCUCGAGUGCAUCCACGACGUCCAGAACCAUGGCGGCAGAGUAGACUCCUUCGUCUCUUACUGCGGAGGUCUGCCGGCGCCUGAGUUCAGUGACAACGCGCUGAGGUACAAAUUCUCGUGGAACCCGCGAGGCGUGCUGCUCAACACAAUCUCCGCAGCUAAAUAUCUAAGCAGAGGACAGAUAGUGGAGGUGCUCAGCGGCGGCGAGCUGAUGUCCGUAGCUCGUGAACUAGACUUCCUACCCGGCUUCGCUUUCGAGGGCUUCCCAAACCGCGACAGCACGCAGUACGCCAAGCUGUACGGAAUCGAGGACGCGCACACCAUUUUCCGGGGCACCAUCCGGUACAGAGGUUUCGCCGAAACAAUGAUCGCUAUGCAGCUGUUCGGCUUGGUGGACCCGAACCCUCACCCCUCACUCCAUCCAGAAGGACCUGAAAUUACUUGGCGUCAAUUCGCCUGCGAGCUGCUAGGCCUCACAGACUCUUCCAUCUUCUAUGAGAACCUGAAGACGCGCCUGACGGAGCGCAUCGGCGGCGCUGGCGCGGCCGGGCUCGAGUCUCUGGGGCUUCUCGAGGAUAGUGUUAUUGUCAAGAGGAACACGCCGCUCGACACUGUCAGCCAUUACUUGACUAACAAGUUGAAAUUAGGCGACGACGAGACAGACUUCGUGGUGCUUCGGCAUGAAGUUGGCGUGACAUGGCGAGACGGGCGCAAGGAGAGGCGUGAGGUCACCAUGACUGUCCGCGGCGAGCCAGCGGGAUACACGGCUAUGGCGCGCACCGUGGGGCUACCUACUGCUAUCGCCGCCAAGAUGAUCAUAGACGGUGAAAUUCAAGAGCGAGGCGUUGUGCUUCCCUUCGCACCGGUCGUCUACAAGUCGCUGCUCUCGCGGCUGCGCGCGCACGGCGUCACAGCACGCGAGAUAAGCCGCCCUCUCAACUAAACGUCAUAUCUUAGAGCGGGAAAGUAGCAUAGUGCUUCCGCUGGACGUGUCGCCAGCGUGUCGCUCGCUGAACGGGCUAGGCUGCUGUCAAAGGUUUUGAUAGAUGGCGCCAUAGGUUUCGCCCGUCUUUAGAUUUGUUCCAUUUUCCCGGCCAUGACAUUCCAAAGAAAAAAACAAGAAUUUGACAGUAUUCGCAAGACUGACAGGUAAAACCUAUGCUGGCGCCAUCUGUGAAUUACUUCAACCGGCCAACCCAAAUAGAGUAACUGGACUAUAUCUAUAAAAACUCGAUGAUACUAGACGUAUGAACUCACACCUCAUUCUCACAGUUUUAAGAGUGAGACAGAUAACGCAGAACGGCUCUUUGGAAAGUUUUUACCAAGUCAAAUACAAGUUAUCACUGGUAUAAGUAUUGCAUUUUGUACUCCAUGAACAUAAUACGAACAGGGAGGUUUCACUUUCAUCGAAUUAGUCAAAUUCAUUAACUACAUAUUAUAUUUAAAAUUUAUUUGUCUGAUUUGAAAAUGACGUUAGAGAAUACGAGUCACUAUGUAUGUUGUUUGAACGAAAAAAGGGGAUGUGUAUUUAUAGGUACCUACAUAUAAGUAGCUACAUAAGUAAAAUAGCUAUUUACUUAAAAGUAUGUCGAAUUUUUAAUUACGCUUUCAUCCUUCAAUACAACUUUUCUUCAAGUGUUACAAAGUUUUACAUAGGUAGGUACAAACUUGAAUUUGUUACUGUAAGAAAAAUCUAACCAAAAAUAUCUGCAAUCGUAGACCUGUUACGGACCUACGGCGUAGCAAUUGCUACAAUUGUAAUGAGCUGCGCAGCUUAUGCGUAUGUUAGGGCUUGUGCACAAAUCACGAUAGAUCGAUCACGUUGGGGGA